UCGAACCCGGUCGAAAUCAUGGCGGAAACACGUUAUGUAGCAGGUUUGAUUUCAACUUGUUUGCUAACGUGUCUUUACGCCAUUACCGGUGUGAUAGGAUUAGUAGAGGAGAUUCCAAUGCCUUCAGAGUUAGAGGAAUGUUAUAAGUUCCGAACCCAGAACAUCAGCAUCACUGACUUUGUUUCAGAGGAUAUCAACAUGUUCUGUAUAACACAGUUCCUCUAUUCCACAACACAUCUUCGUCCUCAGUAUAAAGUUGCCAACGAAUCUAUACUAUAUGCGCAGGAGCUCAUGCGUCAGGUAUUUGGAGAAAGUUACGGGCAAAACAAUGCAAGAAGACGCCACAAGCGGCAGAUUAGAUUAUUUCCUGCAGCAGGACGACAGAUAAUCAGGCAACCAUUUGAAGCUAGAGUGGGACCCGAUUUUAUACCCGGAUUAGGACGGAUUCAAGGAUUAGGACAGAUACCAGGACAAGGACGGAUUCCAGGAUUAGGACAGAUACCAGGACAAGGACGCAUUCCAGGAUUAGGACAGGUACCAGGACAAGGACGCAUUCCAGGAUUAGGACAGGUACCAGGACAAGGACGGAUUCCAGGAUUAGGACAGAUACCGGGACAAGGACCGCCGAUCCUCCCACGUCGCCCUGGAAGAAGAUGGGUCCGACGGGAGGUUAGAUCUCUAAGCCGGAGGGAAUGGGUCGAAUUCGUUAACCGGAUAAAUCAGCUGAAAAGAACACCGGUGGGCCAGUCAAAUCGUUAUGACGCGCUGGCCGAUAUCCACGGAUUAGUUGUUAGAUCUGCUCACAACGGUCCAAACUUUCCUGGAUGGCACCGAAUGUACCUAGCAAUGUUUGAGCAGGCUAUCGGCGUGGCGAUUCCGUAUUGGGAUUGUCGUCUUGACUUUUACAUGCGCAGACCAGCCGAAUCAAUACUCUGGACGGAUGCUUACUUUGGAUCCGGAUUUGGUGCAGUCAGAUCAGGACCGUUUGCAAACUGGAUAACAUCAAGGGGCACCCCUCUGAUUCGUAACGUUGGCAGUUCCGGUUCAUUGAUUACCGACCAGAUGAUUGGCAAUGUUCUAUCCCGAAUUGACAUCAAUGCCAUCACGGAGCCAAGCGCAGGACCCUUUACACUUGAACGUAUUCACAACGCACCUCAUGUAUAUGUCGACGGUCAUAUGUCUGCCCCAUUGACAGCUUCAUACGAUCCGAUAUUCUUCCUUCUUCAUGCAUUUAUCGAUUUCAUUUGGAGUCUUUAUCGACAGAGGCAAAGGUUGGCUGGGAUCAACCCUGCAACAUCAUACCCACAGUCACAAGAUCGUAAUCAGGCCCCAGGGGCCCGUAUGGUUCCGUUUAAUUAUCGUUGCAUUGAUGGUUAUUCAGAAUUCCUUGAGAGAAGAGUGAUAUAUGCCCGUCCACCAAGUUGUCCUUACUGUGGCAGAAACGCACAAUGUAGACGGGGAAGAUGUGUAUCAGUCGGAGGAGGAGUUUCAAGGAUACCAAGAAGACCAGGGAUUUUCGGAUCUGUUUUUAGUUCCUCUGCUUCAGGCAACGCUGAUACCUCGUCAUUUGGCCCGAAGUUCCAAUCAGAUUUCAACGACCCAAGAAACAAUCGCGCAAAACGCGACGCCAGAGCAGUUCGCGAUGAACAUGCUUCGUAUAACGACAUUGACACAUCUCAAAUUAACGUACCGUAUCAGAAUACAUUUGAACUAAAUGGAAAAAGUAGCAUUGAUCUUUGGGCAUUCGUACCGGUGAAGAUAAUUUUUGAGAGACCUCCAGAAUUACAAUUUAAAGCAUAUCCUAUUCAGAAUGGUAACAUCUCAAGAGAGCAUGACAUGUUUACACCAUCUACAGAUCAAAGACUCAAACAAAAACAGCAGGCAACGUACAAGGAUUGUCAAGUUUCCGGUUCCGGCGCUGCCAAGGUUUAUGUCCAGACUGAUGGUAUUGACUAUUCCGGAAGGUACAAAGACUAUGCCGUAGUGGAUGAGCGACUACCAGUGUCGUCUUCCAUAACGUAUGUCGGUGUCAAAAAUCCUACAGAUGGCGCUGCCCAGUUGUAUAUGAGUGCUUAUGACUCAUGUGGUCGAGUCUGUCGUCCUAAGUGUCUCACCGAUAAGGGAUACAAACCGUGCUCUGGCGCCUUACGUGUGACGUCAUCCUUUCCUAAGAUGUAUGGCAUAACCUAUGAAGAUGCAAUAAAAAGAAAUUGGAUGAAAAAUGGAAAAAUAUUACCUGAACUACACUCAGUAGAAACUCCAGUCGUUUUCAGUUGUGAAGUUCAAACGACAUGGUCAUGGAGCUAAUUUGAUGCUCUAUACUUUGUAUAAUAUAUUUCAGGAAUUGAUUAUUGCAUUUUGUUUUGUCAGACAUCCGGACAUCUGUUUUAAUCUGUUUUUGUGAAAUAAUAAAAUACUGACGAGAAAACA